AUGCCCUCCUUCGGUCGCAUUGGAAAGCACAGUAAUCGUUCCCAGCAUAACCUGGUCGAGCAACAGCAGCAGCAGCAUCAUCACCACCACCACCAUCUUCUUCAACAGCAGCAACAACAACAGCAACUUUCGUCUCAUCAACACCAGGUGGCGGGCAGUGGAGCUACUGCACCGCCCCAUCAUCCUCAUCAACAGCAAGCUGGUUCUACUUCUAUUUCUGCUUCUCAGACUGGAUCUAGUCCAUUGAAUCCCGGAGGUCGUCGAGUAUCUGCCGCUGGUGUUCCUAUUACAGUUCCCGUGACUAGUUCAGUGCCUAUACCGGUAUCUAUUAACGAUUCUAAUACCACACCUUCUUCAGCCUCGUCUAUCGGCCUUAGUUCUAGUGAGUCUUUUCAACAACAGCUGCCACCACCACAACAACAACAACAACAGGUCGACACGAGGGCCGGUCAAUCACAAUCACAGCAGCAAACUCCACAUACUUCACCGCGUGGGCAUCAACAUACGCACCAUAAUCAAUUAGGUAGCCAGCAACAAAGCCAAUCGGCCCAGCCUCUUGAGGCGUACGGAAACAAUCAAAAUAAUUUACCCACUAGUUCAGUACCCCUCAACCAAACCCCCGCUGCUUACACUGCGCGACAACAGCCCCACGAUAAUUUCGCCGAAUUAGUCUCAAGGUCUCAGUCUGCAAGAUACUCACAAUUAAAUCCAUUGCAGACACAACAGCCAUUUGGCAUCGCAUCAAGCUCGGUCGACAACUUACCUCAGACCGUCUCUUCUCCCUCCGUAACCACCAGCCAACCAUCUCUAUCGCAUAGCCAAACCGCCCCCACUGAGCCAAAGCGAUCAACACGAAAGCUAAUUAAGAAUAUCCUCUCCGGCUCUUCUUCCUCUAGUCGGCCCAAUUCAGACCACUAUCAGGACGCUUCUUACGACAACAACUCUGGUUUAAAUCGCCGACCCUCCAAACGGGCAAGCAACACCCCUGUCGUCAGAGGCAACCCUUUGUUGUCGCGACCUAUCGACCACCCCGACUGGGUCCCGCCCCAAAGUAGCUCGCGUAGCCACCACUCACCUAUCCAACCUGUACGCGACCUUGAGGACCCCUACUGUGCCGCCCGUUCUAACCAAGAUAUGCUUUCACAGAAUCACACAGAGCCAUCCCAGAAUACUAUAAGACAAGUUCCUGCCGAUUCCGAUCCUGACGCCGACAACUCGCCAUAUAGCCGCGAAGACCUUUCUUAUCAACAGCAAGCUAUCGCCCAGCACCAAGCCCAGUUACAAGCGCAGGCCCAAGCUCAAGCCCACGCACAGGCGCAGGCGCAGGCUCACGCGCAAGCGGAGCAGCAACAGCAAUUAUACGGCGGUCAGAUCGUUGUCGACCCAGCGCAGAAUCAAUACCAAUACGCACCUCCUUACGAACAAUAUCAGUCAGGUCGUCGACCGUCCCUUUUCACUGGGCAUCUUAGCACGGCGAGCUCUCAGCCGCCUAAUCCCGAAACCGUUUCGCAGGUGUCACAUGAGUCGCCCGACUCUGAAUCAGACUACCAGCAGCAACAACAACCGCCAGCCAACUCUCAGUCUGUACAGGAUUCACCCGCCGUGAGCUACGUACAGCAGGAACUUCAGAGCUCACAGAACCAGCAGCAAACAUCAGUGGGGACAGGACAGACCCAGAAUAUGGCACCGCUACCUGGAGGGUCUGGGCAGAGCCGUAGAUCGGGGGAUAACGAAAAACAGAUGCGCUCCGUUGAGCCUCCCCCAGGACCACCACCUGGCUAUAGACAUAGCCAGGGGCCCAUAAAUGCGAUGAACCCUCUCCCGCCUACGCCAAGCAUCUCUGGUGCUCCACAAAAUUACCGUACCAGCAGCGUGCAAGAGCAAGGACAGUAUGAUAGGGCUGCUCCCGAAGGCGGUCGAAAUAGUCCUCAACCAUCGACGAAUGCCGAGCGGGAGGCUGACCCAGAGAAGCAAUUCAAAGACUUAUUAACCAAAUAUAAGAACGUCAAGAGGCUAUAUUUCGAUGGCAAGUCUCAAAUCGAACAGUUAACUUCCCAGGUUGAACAGCUGCAGAACGCAGUUGCUAACCAGAGAAUGUCUCAAUCACGGACGUCUCUCGAUGAUAAUGAGUAUUCUACGCGGUUCAAUCGACUGAACGGCGCGAUAAACAAUUUGUCAUUUAACAUUCGUAAGGAUUGGCGAACAUUACCCAGCUGGAUCGAGAGAUACGUCAGCCCGGAAGCGAUUAAGACGGGCAAGCAGGAGAUGACUGCUGUUGGGCGCGCAGUAAUUGUUCGGUGGAUCGUGGACGAAAUCUUCAACAAAUGCUUCCACCCCGCCCUAGACGUCCACCUUAGUUCCCAGCUCAAGCAAAUAGAGCAUAAUAUCCGCAGGUUUUCGUAUACGCUAAGCAGCCAGGAGGAAUACGAGGCAUUGACAGCAAAGGUCGUGAAUUGGCGAAUGGCUACUUUAGAGGGUCUCCAACAUCAGCUUCAGGCGCCUGAGGGUAAUGACUAUAAAGCAGAUUUUACUAAAAUGGCCACCGGAAACCUCACGGCAACAUUGUUUCAAUAUCUGACGGACCCGCCACCCGCCGGUGUAGAUGGAAGCGCGUCGAUGAUCGUCGAGUUGGUAGUGGGUAUUGCGAGCCAUCUGCCCAUGGAAAGCCGAGACGUCGCAAUCACAUAUCCACUACCCGGAGACCCCAUACAACCCGACUUCAUGGAACCAGAGAAAACUGGAUUACCUCCGUUACCAGAGCCGGUGGAUGACAUAGAGGAAAGCAACGACAAGGACAGCGAAAAGACCGCUGCGGCCAAACGAGAAAAGACAAAAAGUGGUAUGUUGAAUAUGCUCAGCGGGACACCGUAUCCCGGGAGCAGGAAAGGCAGCACGGCUUCGGUUAUUACUGACACGACAUCAUCGGCAGCAGCAGCGGCGGCACAGCAGCAACAGCAGCAAGUACCCUCCAAAGACCCUAGCAAGGUUCGGUUCGCAGGCUUCGUGGCGGUCGAAGUUAGAGGACGACAGGUAUUGGUUAAAGCUCCCGUGUGGACCCUAGGUUGA